CCUCCUUACUCCCUUCCGCCACCGAUCGGCCGGGUACGGACGUGUCCUCUUCCUCUGACUAGUAAAGAGCAACGUCACAGGUCAAGAAAUAGGUGUCUCGCAAAAGGUCAACAAGACUAGCCGUGCAAGCUUCGACAACCUGUCGCUUUAAAUCCUUUUCCUAAUUCUAUCCACCCGCCGGUGUUGACUUUCAUCGGAGGAACUUGUGGUGCAUCACAUUUCACCUUUUUCUCCUCGAUCCCGAUCAUGUCCCUCAACCAACGGCAGCAGCCGCUGCCGACGGUGGCUAAACACGGCCUACUGAUGUCUUCGCGUGCCUCUUUCAGCGCCGCCCAGCCACAAGGCAUCGUGUAUUCCUUCCUCUUUAGCCGGUCCGGCCUUCUCUCGGUCCUCGCGCUCUUCCUCCUCCUCGUCGUCUUCGUCCCAUUGCCCGGUCGUCGACCCAUGUCCGCCCUCUUCUACGACGACGGACCCGUAUCCCGAUGGAAGGACUACACGGUCGCUCGCGCUGCGGGCUUCGCCGCCCGCAACGACACUCUCAUCGUUACCUCUGUGAGCGAACCAUUUCUCCCCAUGCUGAACAACUGGCUCAUCAGCAUCGCGCGGAAGAAGAGGCAGGACCAGGUGCUCAUCUUCGCCGAGGACUACGCCACCCUCUACGAGAUCAACCGCCGGUGGCCCGGCCACGCCGUCCUGGUCCAGCCCGCUCCCGAUUCCAAUGCCGCCCACGAUUACGGAUCUCGGGGAUUCUUCAACAUCACAUCGCGGAGGCCUCGCCACUUGCUGGACAUUCUGGAGCUAGGAUACAGCGUCAUGUACAACGACGUCGACAUAGUGUGGGUGGCGGAUCCAUUCCGUUACCUCGAAGGCGAUCAUGACGUAUACUUCGCCGACGACGAGGUCGCCGUGAAGCCCCUAAAUCACUCUCACGACUUGCCGCCGCCAGGGGCCAACGGCAAGACCUACGUCUGCAGCUGCAUGAUUUUCCUCCGUCCCACAAGGGGCGCCAAGAAGGCGAUGAGCAGUUGGAUUGAGGAAAUCCAAAACCAGCCCUGGUCCGACAACAAACCGACACACGACCAGCCUGCUUUCAACUCUGCUCUGAACAAAACUGCAGGAGAGGUGGACUUGUACUUGUUACCGCAAGCUGCAUUCCCAUCGGGAGGGCUAUACUUCCGGAACGGGGAUUGGGUGGAGAGAACUCGAGGCCUGCACGCCAUCGUCCACAACAACUACAUCGUAGGCCUUCAAAACAAGAUACAACGUUUCAAAGACUACGGGCUCUGGCUGGCGGAUAACCACACCGAUGAAUCGCCGCUUGGCCAAAUAUAAGCCAACAAGAUCCACUCAACUCAACUCCAGAUUUUACCUUGUAGCAAGUUUUCCUUUAAAAAGUCGGUUGAUUUUGAAGAAUGGAAUGGUUAAGUUGGUUAAUUUUAAUAGAGAUAAUAAUUAGUAUAUGUAGUGGAAGAUUUAUAGUACGUAAUGUAUGUUAUAAAUUUCUCAAUGUAAAUCUUAUACAUUACAAAUUUCUCAAUGUAAAUCUUUCCCCUACUGUAUAGAUGAGGUUUAUAAUU